CAUAUAGUCGCAUUCUCUGGCAGAUCUGGUGACGGCCACGAUCUCAGUGGACCCUUGGUGGCUGUGUUUCCUGGUCGACGCAGAGUGGUGCCAAGUUAGUGGUCAAUAGGAAUCGGUUGCGCUGGCAUUUCGAAAUAGUGGUAAUCGCACCAUGGCAGUGCUAUCAACUCGAGGUUGUCGUGUAGAUUCCAUGGACGCCCUAAUGCCAACACAUGUGCAGAGCUAUAUCUGAGCCACGUCCGUGUGUGCCGCGUAUGACUAUGCCGAAGGCAGUGGUUAAUCAUUUUUGGCUGAGUUUAGUGUGCAAAGGGUGGAACUCGCGGCACCAGCGAAUUCGCUGAUCGAAAGUUUCCAUUCAAUUUCAAUUUCAAUUCAAAUAAUGUCUCUGACCAAGUCGUCGUCGAGGAAGGAGCUAGCUGAACAGAACCAGAACGGCAGUCAGCCCAAGUCGACGACCAUAGUCAAGUAUGAGAAGUCCUCGUGCCUCUUCUGCAACGAAUGGUUCGAUGCCCAGACAUUCACGGAACACCUGAUCCACUGCGGCCAGGUGCUGGAGGAGUGUCCCAACGGCUGCCAGGCCUUCAUCCCCCGCAUCCGGAUGCGAUCCCAUCUGAAGGAGUGUCCCCGCAACCAGCACCAUCUGGGCAGCGAGCAGCGCACGAGUGUCAGCAUGGAUCGCCUGGAUCGCCUGGAUCGCCUCGAUCGCCAGUCGGAUCAGCGUCUCCUGGUCAUCGAGCAGGACGUGGCCACCAUUCGGUCCGUGCUCAACGAGGAGAUACGACAGCGCCUGCACCUCAUUACCGAUGUGGGCAACAUUCGUAAGCAGAACCAGGUCGUCGAGGACUGGACCCGCGAGACCGAGAAGGCGAUAGACGAUCUGCGUUGCCAGACGGAGCAGGAAACCAGCCGCAAGGCCUUUGCCAUCGAACAGAACCAGCUGGAUGUCCAGUACUGCUGUGAUAUCACACAGUCGUUGAAGGAGCAAGUGCAGUCCCGGCUGGAUGAGGCCCAAAAGCUGGUCAACCAGCUCUCGGCGGACGUGACCUGCCACCAGAACCAGCUGAACGACAACAUCCUGAAGCUGGAGGAGCUGAUCUUUGAAAACGAGAGGCUCAAUCGGGAAAAGUUCUUUCAGAUCGAGGAGUUCCUGCAGCAGAUCAACGAGGACAUCAAAACAAAGCUAGGCAACAGCGACUAUGUGACCUCGAAGCAGGCCACCUUGGACUACGAGGUGAAGAAUGUGAAGAACAUUGUCUGCGAAACGGAGGAACGUUGCGACAAAUUGGAUAGAGCUCUGCAUCAGACCUUGCAGAAUAUCUCCGACUUGGAGACGCAGAUGGCCAUGCAGCAGCGUAUUGCCAGUGUCCAGAAUAUUAGGGGACACUUGAUUUGGCGCAUCAAGGACUACUCGAAAAAACUGGAAGAGUCCAAGCAGUACGACACCAUUCUCCAUAGCGCCAUGUUCUCCAAUAAAGCCUUUGGCUACGCUCUACGGCUGGACAUCUACUUGAAUGGCAAGGGCACCUGGAAGGGUAGGAAUAUGAUCGCCUGCUUGAAUGUGCUAUCCGGAGAGUACGAUCCCCUGCUGGCCUGGCCCUGCCGCCUCCAGGCCGAGAUCAUCAUCCGGGAUCAGUGCUCGAAUGCGGCGGAUGCCGAGGAUUAUGUGAAGACCAUCUUUGUGCGCAAGAAGAGCGACGACUUCAUCCAGAGCAACCAGUACUUCCAUAUACCCCACAAGGUGAUCACCAGUCGCAGCUAUCUUCGCAACGAUUCCAUGUUCAUCGAGGUUCGCGUUCUCAAAUAAAAGCCAUGCAGGAUCGCAUGCCCACCCAGGAUCGAUAGGGAAAAAUGCCAUCAAUGAUUGCCACAUACAUAUGUCAUAAUUUAUUACAUUGAGAGCGAACUAGCAGUUAAAAAACCCGCUUACAAACACGAGUAUGUGUAUAUAGUGUAUAAGUGAAUACAAUCGAUCCAUCGGUUCAAUAUGUGUAUAUUCUAGUGUGUCAUUGCAGUUUUAAAUGCUGUUUUCGAAGAAGGCAAUAGUCACAUUGAGGCACUGUCGAGACGAAGUCGGUAGAAAGCAUAGCUUUUAUUGCAAACAUUUCCGAGGUCACUUGCUAGGAUAUGAGAAACUCCGUUCGUCGUUCGUUGCUCUAGUCGUUUCAAACGAUUAACAAGUGACUUCCCAGAGGAACUUCCAUAAUAAUUGUCUUUGCGCACGCGCUUAAAUACAAAGGUCUUUUAAUAAAA